UUGGAUAGGGAUUCGAAGUAAGGCACGUGGAUAUAGUGGGCUCUUGUCUUAUCAUCAAUUAAAAACCAGAUAACCGGAUGGAUAUAUAAGGCGCUGGAUGCCGUCCGAUGGCCAUUUAAUUAACUCCAGCCUCGGCAAUUUCGCCGAAUAUUUUUUUUACCAGUUCCAAUUUAAUUUAAGUUCGUAGUCGUAGUCGUAAGGAUACACACAGAAAAUGUUGUGCUGCAAGAAGUAUGCCGUCUGCUGGAUUAUCCUGGCGGUGACCGCCGUGGGCUUGACCUUGGGCCUGGUCUUCGGACUCAAGGACAAGACGGAGGAGCCGCGUCGCAUGGGCGCCGUGGCCUCGAACGGCGAGGGAUGUGCCGAGGUGGGUGGCACCAUGCUGGACAUCGGCGGCUCCGCGGCGGAUGCGGCAAUAGCCACCAUGCUGUGCGAGGGCGUCAUGCUGCCGCACAGCCUGGGCGUGGGCGGUGGCUUUGUGGCCACCAUCUACUCGAAGGAGAUGGGCCACAAGGAGACCCUGAUUGCCCGAGAAACUGCACCGGCGGCGGCCACACAGGACAUGUUCGUCGGCAGGGAGAUCACGGGCGCCUUGGCCUGUGCCAUUCCCAGCGAGAUCUAUGGUUACUCCAAGCUGCAUGCCAAAUACGGACGGCUGCCCUGGAAGACCCUCUUCCAGCCCACCAUUGAUCUCUGCCGGCAUGGAAUCGUGGUGUCCAAAUAUCUGGCCAGGGUCCUGCUGCGCGAUGAGGAGUACAUCCGCGGUGAACCCUCCAUGGCCGAGAUUUUCAUCAAUCCGAAAACGGACGAGCUCUACAAGGCGGGCGAGAUCAUGUACCGUCACGCUCUGGCCGAAACCCUGGAGAUUAUCGCCAACGAGGGCGCCGAUGUCAUCUACGGCGGCGGCAGGGUGGGUAGGAAACUGGUCGAGGACAUCCAGGCAAUGGGCGGCAUCAUUACCGAGGAGGAUCUGCAGAAAUACGAUGUUCGCUGGGAAAUUCCCCUGCAUGCCCGCUUUGGUCCCUACGAGCUGGUCACCUCGCCACUGCCCACCAGUGGGGCCGUGUUGACCUUCAUCCUGAACGUGAUGGAGCCGCUGUACACGACCAACACGGACAAGUACUGGCAGCGAUUGAUCGAGACCUUUAAGCACGCCUACGGGCAUCGCACCAAUUUGGGCGACUACCACUUCGAGCCGGAAGUGCAGGAGAUCUACGAGAACCUCAUCGAUCCGGCCUUUGCCGCGGACAUCCGUAAGCUGAUCCUGGACAACAGGACCUUCGACAAUAUGUCAUACUAUGGCGCCAACUUUGCCAACGAAGAGGAUCAUGGUACGGCGCACAUUUCCGUUCUGGCGCCCAACGGCGAUGCCAUUUCGGUGACCAGUACCAUUAAUAACCAUUUCGGAGCCAAGGUGAGAUCCCGCCAAACGGGCUUCAUCCUGAAUGACCAGAUGGACGACUUUAGUACACCCGGAACGGUUAACUCCUACGGAAUACCUGCCAGUCCGGCGAACUUCAUCAAGCCGGGCAAACGUCCGAUGUCCUCAACGUGUCCCAGCAUCUUUCUGGAUAACAAUGGGGAUGUGAAGAUGAUUGUGGGCAGUGCCGGUGGCUCGAGGAUUACCACCUCGGUGGCCCAGACCAUCCUGCGAUACUUUGUGCUCAACGAGCCGAUCGAGAAGGCGGUGAAUUCGGGCAGACUCCAUCACCAGCUGGCGCCCAAUCACAUCGACGUGGAGACUGCCGUGCCAAGGCAUACGGUGGCCUACUUGCGAGGCAUUGGUCACGACAUCAAAUACCUCGAUGAGGACAAGGCCUACACCGCCCAGACGGCCAUCGGAGUGCGGAGCGGCGAUCCACAUCCCGUUUGCGAUCGAAGAAGAGUGGGCAGCGCCGUGGUCGUGGAGCCAGAUCGAUUAGAUUAG